UGCACGGGAUAUUGGUGGCCCUGGACGUGGAGCAUCCGUGCGUGUCCGAUCGCGAGCGGUUGAGCCGUUAGAAUCGUGUUGUUUCAGCAGGUUUCGCGAUCGCUCGUGAGACAAAAUGUCGGUGGACACGCUGAGCGACUCCGAGCUACGAACGAAGUUGAUGGAGUAUGGCUACCCGGUGGGACCGGUGACACAGACGACUCGUAAGAUACUCGUUAAGAAACUGAAGCACCUCAUCGAGACCCGCGGCACCGGCGGGUCCCGGCAUUCGUUGGCCGCGAGAUACAGCAGCGACGACACAGAUGACGAUUCAAGCACAAAUGUCGUUAAGAAGAAGAAGAGUGCAUCAAACUUGCGCCGGCAGACAAUGGCGAAUCCUAUGCCACCACCGUCGAUUAUUCCACCUGACGCUACCAGUGUAAUAAAGAAUCCAGCAAAGGAUUCAUCACCGUUGCAUCCAGAAUUCAAAGAUCCAAAUUUGACUGAUUUUGAUGGCUCAGCUGUAUCUUCUUCUACCCGAACAACUUCGAAAACCACGCAGAACAAAUACGUCAAGACCCAAAGGACGUCCUAUGUGUCUGACGGCUUGGAGACUGGAUCGGAUUCGGACAUGGCCGAAGACACCGCAAGCAUGUACGCGCGUUCGAAGUAUCUGUCCAAUCUGUCCAGUCCAACUAACAGAUUGUACGAUCGAAUGCAUGAUCGUGGUGUGCUUGAUCACGAUCAGACAUCGAAAAUUGGAUCUAUCCAUAUGACGAAGGAUAACAAGUACAACGUGAAACCCAGUGUCUCUACGAUUCAAUCUGCGAAGGAAGAUGCGAGUGGAAAAGACAAUACGAGAGAUCUUCUUGCAAAUUAUGAGACCCCAUUCCUCUCAGAAUUUACGAGAAGACUCAGUUCGCGAUCGUUACAUACAAUUGCAUCGCCAUCAAUAUCGCCCAAUUUGAAAAGUCCGACAUUGCGUCAUACUUUAUCAUCUGGCUUACCAGAGGUGAAGGAAAGGGAUUCGAAUGGCCAUUUUUCUUCCUUAAGAGCCAUGUAUUCGUCAUCGAAUCAGCCGAGCUCAAGGCACAGUAUAUCAUCCGCCGACAGAAUACGGGACAUCAAUAGAACGACUUACAAGCCGUCGACGAACAGGGAAGAUGUGCGAAACAAUCAGAACAUGGUGUCAAUGGGGCUCUUGGCGAUUCUUGCUUUAUUCUUUGUAGCACUUGCGAUAAUGUAUCUGGGACUUGGUGGGAAAACCGAGACACUUCCAACGCUUUCAUCGGAUAACAACAUACCGCAAUGUUUCCUCGAUGGAGCGCCCGAUCUUAAAGUACCUGGAGUAAAUUGCGUAAUGAAGGAAAACAUAGAAUCUGUGUUGCAACUGUUAAAACGUCUGCAACCGAUUUUAACGAGAAAGGCGGUGUCUAAAAUAUGCGAAAAUUCAAGCGAGAAACCGUACUUGACCGAUGCGGACAUCGUCAAGAUGUUCACGAGCGAUAAAGUGACGAGCCUCGAGGUAAAAGAGGAUCUGCAUAGCGCGCAGUUCCUGAUUAUUAAGAAUUCCAAAUGGGGUAUCUCGCUUAUCGAUAUAAACGACGACGAUGACGAUGCACCUGUCGAAGUGCUGGACACUCUGGAUAAAUUAUUUUCCGCUCGUUUAAGUGGAAAAGUUGGAGUGACGAUCCUGAAUCCCGAACUGCCGACGCAGUGUCUGAUCAAGAACAAGCUCUUUACCAUCUUUUCGUCUCUCCUUAUAGUGGCAAUCGUUUCAUUAACAGGUAUUGGAACUUAUAAAUUAUAUCUUUGGUAUCUAAGAUACAAGAAAUCUACCGAGCGAGAGAUAUUUAAACUUGUUAGCGACAUUAUAAAUAUCGUUGAGACGCACCAUCAAAAUGCGUUUGCGCAACCCGGUUGCACGCAAGAGAGCUUUCUCGCUAUAAAUCACGUACGGGACAAUCUUAUUCCACCGAAGGAUCGCAAGCGAAUGUCUGGUCUCUGGGAGAAGGCGGUGAGAUUUUUGGACGAGAACGAAUCCAGAAUUCGAAGGGAGGUGCAACAAGUGGCGGGAGAGGAAUUCCACGUGUGGCGAUGGCUGCCGAAUAACAGUCUGAACAAAUCUCCUGUGCAAAAUACAACAAGCUCUGGCAAGAAACCGAAGGUUUGGCAAGGACAGGCGUUCGAAACGAUGGAGGGAUCGGUUAACAGCUUGACUUGUUCGCCGACACCCUGCUUGAAAAUCAGACACAUGUUUGAUCCAGACAUAGAGACUGAAGACGAUUGGGAAACGAGGGUGCAGGACGCGAUUUUAGAGAAAUGUGGGGAGGGCGUGAAGAUACUCCAUAUUCGAGUGGACAUCGGUAGUCGCGAGGGUUGCGUUUACAUGAAGUGUUUGUCGCAGGAGGAUGCUGGGAAAGCUUACAGGGCGUUACACGGAUGUUGGUUUGAUGGUAACUUAGUGACUGUGAAGUACCUGAGAUUAGAGCGCUACCACGAGCGAUUUCCUGAUGCUGUCCGUUGUGUAACGCCUCUCAAACCGAGUAACAAUCAACGGCUGUCCAUGCAAGCGCAUUACUGGCAAAGUCCCGCGGAGGCGAAUUAACAACUUUCUUUUUAAACUUUCUUUCGACAUUUAAAAAGACGUGAGCUUUCGAUUUUAACAACACAUAAUUAUCUGCUGACUUGUGAAACUCCAUGUUUUUUGUUUUGACAUAAAAUAUAUCUCUGUUGCAGCAGUAUAAGUAUAUUCUAAACAUAAAGUUGCGUGUAACGGUGUGAUAAAAAUUUAAGACAUUGCUUUUUUAUAAACAUAUUCUUUUAACUUUAUUAUUAACUUAAUUUGUGUAUCAUAUUGUACUUUGUGUCUUUUUAUUGAGCGGAGGGAGGAAGCACAGAGGUAUUUUUAAUAGCUGAUUAAGAUAAUAAUAAGAAUCAGAAAUAAUAGUAAUAUUAAUAAUUAAAUAUAUUACUGAAAUAUUGUAUAAAAACACUUUGAGUUUCAUAGUAUUUUUAAGAGUAGCGAUACACGUAAGCAUAACUCGCAUCGCAUUCUCUGUAGGCCUAUGCAGACUGAUCUGUAUCAGCUGUACAAAAUCUUUGCAGAGAGAUAUUAUGUCAAUCAUGCAUCUAAUAAUAUGUAAAAUUGCAGUAAUAUGAUUACUUUGAUGUUAGACUCGCAUGAUUGUCGGAACUUCUAUUCACGCAGUUACAUAGUCAUUGAUAAAACAUGUUUAAUAAUUUAAGAUUUUAACAAUUAACACAUUCUAAUAAUAUAAAUUAUUUUCUACGA